AUGAGUGGUGUGUUAUUGCAGCAGUCGACAUCUCGGAUCGAAAAUCGAUCCACACCUAAAACUAUUUCAACGAAUGAGACAUUCGAACAGAAUUGUACAACGAUUGAAUGUUUUGAUCGUUCUCCUCAAGUAAUAAGCUCACCUUGGUUCAUUGGUCUCAUUGCGGCAGUUGUGGUACUAAUUAUCAUCAUAGCCAUUGUCUGCGGCAUCAUGAAACGUAAAGGUGGUAAAUAUUCAGUUCAAGACAAAGAAAUGCUCCAUGGACCAAGUGGAUACGGUGAUGACGAAGGUAAAUUCACCGAAUACUAUCGUGCUGUUGGCGAUCUAUCAAUUAGACAAAGUCGAACAUCGCUAAACAAUGGCGAUGAUCGCGACUCAAUGGAAGAAUUUAAUGAAGAAAAAGAUCGCGGUCGUUUCACCGAAGAUGGUUCCUUUAUUGGACAAUAUGGACGUGAUGAUAAGCGACGUACUUACUUAGCCAAAUAUGACGAAAGUCUUGGUUUAACAAGUGACAGUCCCAAUACUAAUAAUCAAGGAAAAUCUGCAUCUCCGGUAUAG